AUCUUCGCUUAUUUGAAUUACCGUGUUCCGGUUACACGUCAAGAAGUUAUUGAUAUUCUACUCAACGGCCUUCAUCGAUUAGAAUACCGCGGUUAUGAUUCAGCUGGGCUAGCUGUGGAUUUGCCUUCGGUCGCACAAAAUGGUGUCUUGAAUGGAGAAGCUGCUAUGGGAUCUCCGAUCGCUGUGGUUCGUCAAAAGGGAAAGGUGUCUGCCCUAGUUCAGGCUGUUAAAAGUGAGCUGCAUAUGUGA